CAUGUCAAAAAAUUAUUAUUGUUUCUUACUUUCAACAGUUAACACUAAUUGUAAGAUGAAAUUCGCAAUUUUUACGUUUGUUUGUUUGUGUGCCAUUGUCCAAGUUUCUUUUGGAUCUGUAUUAUAUAGGCCAGCUAAUAAAACACGUUUUCCUAUUUUUUGCCAUUCGGAAGAAACCGGACUAAUAGGACGAGGUGGAAUAAAGCAACUUCCAAAUUGUGUUGCAGCUAGGUGCCACCAUAAUGCUACAAUAACUUUGAAUUCGUGUAGUUCUGUAAGCAUUAGGGGUUGUAAGAACUUGCAAGAUUUUACAAAACCAUAUCCAGAAUGUUGUACAUGUUAGAACAUCAUGUUAUGUAUAUAGAGAAAAAUUAGAAAUUGUAAAAAAAUAUGUUUUAUUAUCAUCAAAUAAUUUUAUCUUGAUAAAAUAUUGAGUCAA